AGCGCCACGGUAACAUAAGGACCCAAGUGACUCCUAUCUUCUAUCAUUGCAGUUUGAUAUAAUAAUAGUACGUGUGUUCGAAAAAUUGUUAUUUAUUAAGUGUACGUAAUUUUGAAAAUUGUGUCUGAGUGUUCGCGUUGUGAAUAAUUUAACGAUGGCAAUGAUUUCAUACACCAACGAUGGGACGGUUAAAAAGAAUUGUCCUUACAUGGAAAAAUGCUACCGAAAAAAUCCGAUUCACUUCAACGAGAUGUCACAUCCGCACCUGGAAAAGCUUGUAAUAAAUCAGUUAGAGGGAGAGAUAGAUGUGCCUGAUGAUGUAGGUUUUAAUUGUACUGACAGGUCACUACUAAUGGAUCAAUUAAAAGUAUUACAAAUGGUACUCAGAAAGCAAAACAAUGAUAGCAAAAAUAGCAUGCAAUCUUUAACAAAAGUUUCCACUACCACAAAUAAAAAUCAAGAGUUAGGUCAAUGUUUGAAGGACAAAGUAGAGAAGCAUAAGCAAGAAACAAUUAAAAGGAGGGAUAAUAAACUAAAGCAAAUGGAUGCAGAAGCAGAGUCACUUUUCAAAGCCUCUAACAGCAACUGCAGAAGCAGUUUAGAUAAUAAUAAAGUAAAUGUAAUGAAGGAGGAAUUGAAUAAUCUCAAGCUAGCAGAGGAAAGAAUGCAAGAUGAUGAUCUUUGCCAAAGAAAAAAAAGAGAUAACAGUGGUCCUCACAGUAAUGAUCACAAUGAAUACAAAAAAUCAAAGUUAAAUCCUGAUGAGGAUGUUCUAGAAUGUACUCAGACUUCGAAAAGAAGUACAGCCAGUAGCUCUAAUUCUUCUUCUUCGAAGGGCAUGUCUCUGAUAGAAACUUUUCAACAAUGUAAUACAUCAAAGUCAAGAAUAGAACUCAGAAACAAAGCUAUUAAAAUGAUGAAACAACAAGGUCUGAAGGUAUCUGUAGUUGAGCCAGGAAAUUUUGCCUUAAAAUAUGCUCUUUCAGCACCGUACCAUUUGUUCUUCUCAAGGAUACAGAACUCAAAAGAGACAUACGACCAACAAUGUUCGAUAACUUUCCCUGAAAUCCUAGACAUUAGCUUGGGAGAAAUAACUUCUAGUUUACAAAUUAAUUUCAUGGUGGAUGUUGGAUGGUUGUGUUUACAAUACUUGUUAGCUGGUCAGCGAACGGACAUGUUAAUUUUAUACGCUGACAGGGUGGAUGAGGAAAAAUUGGGUCAGAACAUCACCAUGAUUCCCAUCGAAAUGCCAAGCAAGUUUGGCUGUCAUCACACUAAAAUGAUGAUCUUGAAGUACAAAGAUGAUGGCAUUAGAGUAGUAGUAUCCACUGCAAACUUGUACUCGGACGACUGGGAGAACAGAACUCAAGGACUCUGGAUAUCGCCGCAUCUGCCGCCACUGCCAGAAUCUGCAAAUCCCGGAGAUGGAGAAUCACCAACGGAUUUUAAAAAGGAUCUAGAACGUUACCUGAACACGUACAAGAUGCCAGUUCUGACAGAGUGGACCUCUGCCGUCCGUAGAGCAGAUUUCUCAUCAGUGAACGUUGUCUUUAUAGCCUCCGUCCCCGGGUCUCAUAAAAAUCGCGAGUCCGACCUAUGGGGGCACCGGAAACUAGCAUCUGUGCUCUCCAAGCAUGCUACUUUGCCCCCCAAUGCCCCUCAGUGGCCAAUCGUGGCUCAGAGCUCCAGCAUUGGUAGUCUUGGUCCCAAAUAUGAUAGUUGGCUCCUGAAAGAGAUUGUGCCUUCAAUGUCUAGGGAAAUAGCAGCAGGUUUAAAGAGUCAUCCAAACUUCCACUUCAUCUAUCCUACAACUAGAAAUUAUAUUGACAGCUUCGACUGCCGUGUUGGGUCCUGUUGCUUGCCUUACAGUAACCAAACGCAUUCUAAGCAAUUAUGGUUUGAAUCCUAUCUAUACAAGUGGAAAGCUUCGCGUAUGGCCAGAGACAAAGCCAUGCCUCACAUAAAAUCAUAUACUAGAUUCUCGCCGGAUUUCAAGAAAAUUCCAUGGUUCGUCCUUACCAGCGCCAAUUUGAGCAAAGCGGCGUGGGGCACAUUCCGAAAUAGUCAUUUUAUUCUGAGCUACGAAGCCGGCGUUAUAUUUCUUCCGAAAUUCGUUACUGGAACAACGACAUUUCCGGUUGAAGAAGAAGAGGACAAUGUACCUGUGUUCCCCAUUCCAUACGAUAGGCCUUUAACAAAAUAUGAAACUUGUGACAAGCCAUUCGUCAUGGAUGCCAUGUGACCUCCACUCGUGAGUAAAUGGAUCUUGGAAGCUGUACAAAGUGUAUUCAGACUAUGCAUAUGGAAUCUUAUUUUGUAACUUAUUAUGCAAAGUGUACCAGAGAAUUUUUUAAAUAAACGUUUAUUGCUUUUGUAGUAAACACCGUUAA